GCUUGGUUGCCGUGCCUCCUUUGGGUUUGGUGGUUCUUGGGUGACAUGUGGGACAGGUUGCCAUGAUUCUGCCUGUAUACCCAAUGUAGCCUUCUCCUCGUGGAGUUUUCUCCACAUCUUCUGCUCUAACCACGCCUUGGAGAACUCCUCCUUCGUGGUCCAUAGACUUCUCUCUGACAGUCGGUACCUCUCAACAAGCUAGUAGGAAAAGAAGACAAUAAGUACUGAAUUUCAAGAAUCCUGCUUCUGUUAGGUUUCUGCUCAAGUGCCCUGUAUUAUCUGUGGAGUUGGGGAUUUUAGAAAUAAAAGCCAAGGGGAUGAGCAUGAUUUGCUGCUUUUAGCCCUGCCAUGCCCUUCCUCUGGCCAGAGAACACAGAGUCUGCUACCUGCCUGAAUGCAGAAGAGAAAGGGAAAAAAAUAAUAAUGAUAAAGGGAGAAAGGGGAAAAUAAAUGAAAUGCCAGCAGAUGAGUAUCUCAAAAUACCCUACCCCUCUUAAGAAGAUGUGAGUUGAAUUCAUGGGAGAGAUUCCACCAGGGGAAGAGGGAUUGUUCUUGAACAUGGGGUCUGUGUAUUCGCAAGGACUGUGUGGGAUCCAGGUCCCCAGAAUGCUCUGAUGUCAUCAUUCAGGUCAGAGAACCCCCGCUGGGGGCCGGGUGACCUUUGAACCUUAACAGCCCUGUGCUGGAGCAGGCACUGGGCGGUGUUGCUGGUUCUCUGUGUGGUCUGAGUUCCUCAGCCAUUUAGGACACUCGACAAUUUUUAUUCCUUUCGGGUCACCUCAGCGAAUUUCCUGAGAGUCAAGGAGGGCCAGCUAGUAGGGAGAAAGAGGAGCUGGGUGUUAGGCAUCUUCUGAGCAACUCCUGUCGCCGGUACCAUGAAACAGCGACAGAAGAGGAAACAUCUGGAAAGUGAAGAGUCCCCGGAAAGUGCCCAGCAGGGAGGAGGGGUCUCAAAGUCACAGGAGGAUGCCCCUCAGCUUGAAUCAACUGGGGUGGCCAAAAGUUGGGACACGGCGGUGGGGGAAGUGUCCUCUGCCUCUGAAUACUUCUCCUGUGUCUCUUCUCCACGCAAGCUCAUCUGUGCUGGACUCCGGCGAGUACCUCAAGACAGUCCCCAGCCUAGAUCACCCCUAACCCAGGUUCAGGAACAAGGGGAGACUGCCGCCCCCUCACACCGAGUCUCUUCAUCCCCUUCGUCCUAUAAAACCUGUGUGUCCUCUCUGCACAUAAACAAAGAGGAAAAGGGCAUGAAAAUAUACUACAUGCAGGUACAAAUGAAAAAGGGCGUGGCUGUCUCCUGGGAGACCUCAGAGACCUCGGAGUCACUAGAAAAGCAGCCAAGGAUAGAAGAAGUGACCCUUCCCGAGGAUGUGCAGGUAGGGACUCCCCCCUCUGACGUGUCCACCAGAAACCUGCUGUCUGACAGUGAGCCCAGCGGGGAGGAGAAGGAGCACGAGGAACGGGCAGAGUCCGACAGCCCACCUGGGUCACCCGCGGUUGAGGAGAGACCCAGGGCCAAGACCCCCGACUGGCUGGUGACCAUGGAGGCCGGUUACAGGUGCAUGGCCUGCUGCCGGGUCUUCUCCACCCUGGAGGUCCUCCAGGAGCACGUGCAGCAUGGCAUCCGGGAAGGUUUCAGCUGCCACGUGUUUCACCUCACCAUGGCCCAGCUGACAGGCACCGUAGAAGCCAUAGGCACCUGUGAGGAGGAGAAGGAUGAGAAGGGGCAGGAAGAGCAGGAGAGGCAGGAGGAGGAAAAGGAGAAGGAGGACGAGCGGCCCCCGCAGGAAGACCGCAGCCCAAAGCGACCUUGGAGCCAGUGCCCAGGCUGCGCGUUCCAUUCUCCAAAGGACAAGAACCACUGAGAUUCGUGAGCCGGAAGAUCCCAGAAGAUGGUGUGGCCUUCUCUUGGGAGAGGGAGAAGACAGGACCCUGGGGAGAAUAGCAG